AAGUCAUUCCGUUAUAAAGGAACAUAAUCGUCGUUUGAGAAGUGUUCUCCGAAUCGUAGAUUACAAUCGAUUCGUUGUUUGGGGAAGCUCCAAACCUUCAUCGUUCGAUCAGACGAGUUCUCCUUCCGAUCCCUUUACCAGAGCUCUUUUAGCCCCCUUGAUUUCUCUUUCCCGAGGUUUUACGCCCAAGAUUCCGAGGGUUUCCUCCGUCGUUCUUGAUACGAAACUCUGCUUACAUAAAUGCAGAGCAUAAAACGCUUAUCAAGAAGUGUUCAUAGUCCACUGCAUUCGAGCAUAGUUUUGUUUGACUUGCCGAAAGUUGUGGAAGAAGUGAUAUAUAAUAGUAUCGAUGCAGGUGCGACCAAGGUUUAUGUUUCUAUAAAUAUCAGUGCAUGUUACAUUAAAGUAGAAGAUGAUGGUUGUGGCAUUACAAGAGAUGGACUGGUCAUGUUGGGUGACAAAUAUGUUGAUAACGUGGUUUUAUGUGGUGUAUGAACAACGACAUCCAAGUUCGGCCUCAUGGAUGACAUUGAAUCUAGUACUAGAAGCCUGGGUUUUAGAGGAGAGGCAUUGGGUUCCCUUUCUGAUACUUCCGUAGUGGAAGUUAGAACAAAAGCUCGUGGCAAACCUAAUGCAUACUGCAAGAAUAUAAAGGGAUCGAAGUGCUUAUUUCUUGGAAUAGAUGAUCAGAGGGAAGUUGUGGGUACCACUGUUAUUGUUCGAGAACUAUUUUACAACCAACCAGUUCGAAGGAGAUGCAUGCAGUCUAGCUCCAAAAAGGUUCUCCAUUCUGUGAAGAAAUGUGUACUCUGAACUGCUCUUGUUCACCCGCAAAUUUUAUUCAGAGUCACUGAUAUUGAGAGUGAGGAUGUGCUACUCUGCACAAUUCCUUCCUCAUCUACUUUGCCUCUUAUCUCUGAUGGUUUUGGGAAUGAAGUAUCCAGUUCCCUACAUGAAAUUGUUUACUCUGAUCAAAAACUGAUCCUUUCUGGGUAUAUAUCUGGGCCUGCUGAUGCUUUCUCCACAAAGGCUUUCCAGUAUCUCUAUAUUAACUCAAGGUUCAUUAGCAAGUGCCCACUUCAUAACUUGGUUAAUGAUCUCGCAGCCAGAUUUCAGGGUUCUUUAACCCUGCGGGUCGAGCCUGAGUUCCAUGGGGGGAAGAGACUCAAGAAUCAGGGAUAUCCAGCAUAUAUGUUUAAUCUAUGCUGUCCUCCUCUUAGUUAUGACCUAAGUUUUGAACCUUCAAAGACAAUUAUAGAAUUCAAGGAUUGGGGCAUUAUCUUGACUUUCUUUGAACAAGCCAUCAUGCAUUGCUGGGAACAACUUCAGGAGCAGUCACCGCAAGGAAAAUCUUUUGCCCAUAAAAGUGGUGUAUCUGUGGCAAAUGAAGUUCAGAAGGAAGACCCAUUGACCAUAGACAUAUUUAAGAACUCUAACAUGAGAAAGAUGAGAUGCAAUAUCCAGUUACAUCAUCGCUUUCUUUCUCAUAGCCCAAUUAGCAGCCCCCUCAAGAUCGCAUCAGAAGAUGUUACUACUUCUCCUGGAAGAUCAUCUAAAGAUCAGAAGAUAUUUUCCCUGGAGCCUGAACCAAGCCAAAGUGAUACUGAGCUUUUUGGUUUUACUGAUUGCUCUUUGCACAAUGUAAUUAAUGACAGAGUGGAUGUAUUUGAUCCUAGAUGUGAUAAAAUGGGUGUCAUAAACCACAAUCCUCUUUGGUGGACAAGGAAUGCCGAUUCUUUGCCUUUGAAAAACCAUCACAUUCCUGAUCUUACUUCUGAAGUUAGAGAAAAAUAUGAUAUGCAAGAGUUUGUAUGGAAGAACAGACCUCCUUAUGGCACCAGAAACUUGAAAGAAGAAUUAAUUAGUUGUAAAAUGACUGAUCAUCAUGACAUCACGGUAAAUGCUCAGGAAGUUCAUAAUCGAUUACACAAUCCCAAGUCUCUCAGCAAACCAGGGAUGAAAGAGAGUCACUCUUUGAUGGAGAAUGAGCUCUGUAACUCAGCACUCUGCUCAACUCCCAGUGGUUUUGGCAUUAACGUUGUUUAUGUAAGAAAAGGACUUGACAAUGCAAUGCAAAUGCAUUAACGUUGUUCAAGUUCUAGCGAUAUUUUUUGCCCCCAAAAAUUUGAUGCUGCUACGCCCUCAUUCACUGUAAUUAGAAAAUGCCAGGCACUUAGGGACUUGGAUGUGCUAUCAAGUGAUUCAAUUAGCCUGUAUUCUUGUGAUCAAACUUGUUUAUUUGAGGAGAACAACCUUCAUAAUAGGCUAGGAGUUUGUAAAACUGGAUCCAUAUGUCAAUUACCUAAGGACGAAUGGCUUCUUUAUUCCCCACAUGCAUCUUGUGGUAGAUCAACAAAUGUAGCUUUUGAUUGUACAAGCAAAGAUUCAUUGGAAUGGAAUUUGAGAUCUUUCAAAAGUGAUGAUUCCGGGCACUCUACAAUAAUGGAAGAAAAGGAUGAAUUUUUCAACUCUUUUCAGAAUAGUUACAGUGAGAUUUAUCCUGAUGAAAGCUGGGCGAAAAGCAGAUCAGAUCAUGAAUAUUGCUCUAGUCCCAACAAAGAUUUGCGCUAUGGCCACCUUUCAGAUGAAACAACUUUUGGUGAUGUUUGCUUGUUGGAUAAUUUACAUUGUGAAACUGGGUGGUUGUUUUCAGACUCUACUAAUGUUAAAAGGACUGAUGGCUAUUCCAAGUUUAGGGUUCACCCUGUGCACAAUCAUGAUAAGGUGGUUGAGAGCUCCUUCCAUGAACAGGAAUUUCUAAAUCAUGAACUGUCUCAGGCUUACAAGGUUAGAUCAAAGAGAAGUUCUUCAGCUCCACCAUUUUACAAAGGGAAGUGCAAAUUCCUUAUUUUAAACUGUCUGACCAAAACAGUGCGAAAAGAGCCUGAUUUUGAGUUCUCAAAGGCUUCACCAGAGACCAUGAACUCACUAGAUAAUGUGUCACGAAGUAAUGCAUCACAGAAGCCUCUUAACAGGGAGGUUUCCCAGCCACAGAUCAGACAAUGCAUUGAUGAAAAGCUGAUCAAACAAGAAAUGAGCAAAUCCUACCCUGUAGGUUCUAUCACUGAUGAACCAGAACAUGUUGCAGCUGAAAUGACUAAGUGGCGAAGUGGCACUUUGCAGCCUAUGGUUAAAGAUGGAGACUUCUUGCAUAAUUCUUUUCGACAAAGUGAUGAUAUACUUGACAUUUCUUCUGGUAUUUUACAUCUCUGUGGUAGCUCCUUAGUGCCUGAAUCUCUUGACAAAGAUUGCCUUCAGGAUGCAAGUGUUCUUCUUCAGCUGGAUAGAAAAUUUAUUCCUGUAAUGGCAAGUCGAACACUCAUUAUUAUCGAUCAGCAUGCUGCAGAUGAACGGAUUCGCUUGGAAGAGCUCCGUCGAAAGGUCCUGUCUGGUGAGGGCAUUGGAAUUACUUAUCUGGAUCCUGAGCAGGAGUUGGUUCUUCCUGAAAUGGGGUUUCAGCUGUUGCAAAAAUAUGCAGAUCAGAUACAGCAAUGGGGUUGGAUCUGCAGCACUCCUAGUCAGCCCUCAGAAUCAUUCACAAAGAACAUGAACCUUUUUAAGAGACAUGCAUGUGCUGUUUCUCUCGUUGCAGUACCAUGUAUAUUAGGCAUCAAUUUGACUGACAAAGAUCUUAUAGAAUUCAUUGAUCAGCUUGUUGAGACAGAUGGAUCAUCAACUCUGCCACCUUCUGUUCUUCGUGUUCUAAACUUCAAAGCCUGCAGAGGUGCCAUCAUGUUUGGUGAUUCCUUGUUGCCUUCAGAAUGUUCUCUCAUUGUUGAAGAAUUGAAAGCAACACCACUAUGCUUCCAGUGUGCUCAUGGGCGACCAACUACUGUCCCUGUUCUCAAUGUCACAGCCCUUCAUGAGCAGUUGGCCAGACUUCAGGUGCAGCAGGAUGGCCCAAGUGAGAUAUGGCAUGGACUCAGCCGGCAUAAAUCCAGCAUCAGACGUGCCCAGUUGCGUCUGGAUUCUGCGAGAAAAUUUCACAACCGAUACUAGAGGGGCUUUCAAAUUGUGGUCUGUAUAGUUAAAUGCCACCACUCCAUUGCUGAUUGUAGUACAUUAUAAUAGUAUUGCAUACAAGCAUCAUUCAUUUGUAAGAAUCUAAUAAAUAUAUGCCAUCUAGUCAACCAUUUGUAAUGGUAACAAAAUUUUAUUCCCAUUUAACCAAGCAGCCAUUUUUGCAUGCUAUCCUGA